UUUGAUGGUCCACCAGCGACCGACUACCAAGUUUAAUUACUUCCUUUUUAAUUGACAAUCGGAGGGCGGUUAAUGAACAGUGUCAAGGGGGCGUGGCCGGAGCCUAGUUGCACUUGAAGAUUACAAAUAUUAAGGUUGGCCGCCCCGCCGUUCGGCCGCUCACACGAUGACAUCAUGACGUCAGGCGUCAUUUAUACCGCGAUAGCCAGUCAAGUCAAUGCGGUCGCCGCCUUUCGUUGAGCACAACUUGUUGGCGUUGGCUGAAUUGCCUUGCGGAUUCCCUGCACACAAACAGCUCCGGGUAGCAUCGACCAGGCCAAGACCCCACCUUUAAUACCCCCAAAAGAACCACCGAAACAAAGCCAAGAUGUCGCACUCAGUGACCAUUACCCGCACCACCACCAGCACCACCAACACCUCCUACAUUGUCCUGAACACGGGCUAUCUGAAGACCUUCCCCGGAAUUCUCAAGCUCUUCCAGCUGAUCAUUGGUGCCGCCAUUGUGGGUAUUCUGGCAUAUAACUAUCAGGAUUACCGCAGCUAUUACAGCCGGGGCCAGCAGGAUCUGUUCCAGUAUCUCAUGGCCGUGACCUUUAUGAUAGGAACGUUUUGCUUACUCCUUGCCUGCCUCACGUCGCUGAGUACGGGUGGCAUUAUUGCCAAGACGAUCUAUGAGCUGAUUUACCACAGCGUUGCCGCCAUCCUGAUCCUCGUUUCGUCCACCUUCCUGCUGAUCCGGUUGCGUGACGUGAAGCACGACGCCUAUAUGGUGGCCGGCGUUUUGGGAUUGGUCAAUGCGGUGCUGUACUUCAUCAGCGCCUUCUUGGCCCAUCGGUCCUACCGCGGCAUUUAAGCAUUAAAACCAACCAAAACCCACCCCCACUCGGCAACUCCCGCAAAACUUUUGCAACUCCCCUCAGCGAGUGUUCAAGUGGAAUCAGCAAUCUCGAAGCAUUUGUUCUUCCCACAUCGACAUCCACAUCCACAUCCACUUCUAACCAUCGGAUCGGCCAGACGGAGGAGGCGAGAGCCCGGGCGUAGUAGAUGUACAGAAAGUGGGUGCCAAUCGGCGGAAUCUUUGUUGUACCGUGAAACGUUCUUUGGCGCUAGUUACACUUACUUAUAUUUUAACUGAUCUAUACAACUUUUUUUUGUCUCACUUUCUUUUAUACCAAGCAAUUGUCAUCUAUUCGAAUAAAGAUGUGUGUCUAUAUGUUUUUCUAUAAA